AUGAAUCCCAUCUUCCAAGCAGCGCGACGGACGGUACGAGCCAACGCCUUCGGAGUAGUUCCGCGGCGGAACUUGAUGACAUUGAAGGACCACAAGUAUACAGCCCACGCGACCGCUCGUGGGCUUGGCAGAAACGGCCAGGUGAAAUCCGAUGACGACCACGGCCUCGACCUCAGACUUGCGAUGCCCAGAUCGCUCGGAGGAAAGGGCGACGGGCAGAACCCUGAAAUGCUGUUUGCGAUGGGCUACGCCUCGUGCUUCUUAAGCGCCAUGCAACUGGUGGCCGGCAAACUCGGCAAGUCUGGAAUGGCCAAGAACGCCGUCGUCCAUGCCCAGGUGCACGUCGGAGAGCCGAAGGACAAGGAGGGAUUUGGGCUUGAGGUCGACAUCAAGGUGGAGAAUGCAGAUGAAGAUCUCAUCAGGGCAGGUCAUGAGGCUUGCCCAUACAGUCGCGCAUUGAAACAUGGGAUAGUCGUCAACGUCUCCAAGGCGUAG